AUGUCCGGCGCCGGGGAACCACUUCCACCUCAAAGUCAAACCGACUACUCGACCUGGACCCCGGAAAACCUGAUCUCCAGAAUUACAGAACUCGAACGCCAGCUACACUCCCGGAAUGCGGAAUUUGCUACCUCAUCAAAAGUCGCCAACGAAUCUGUACCUUCGAACCCAGCGCUCGAUACCCCCGCCGAGACAGUGAAGGCUUCAUCAAAGAAGGGAGCGCGCAAAUACCAACCUCCCCCAGAGGACGAUAUCACACAUACUCGCGCGCCGAAUCGCUCCCCGAAGCAGCCCCGAGUCAUUGAUCCUUCCAAAUACAAUACCCGGUUUAUAGCUCUGAAGUUCGCAUAUCUGGGGCAACGGUACAACGGUCUUGAACAUGCUAAUGGCAAUGUCACGCCACUCCCUACGAUUGAAGAAGAGAUGUGGAAGGCCUUGCGUAAGACUCGUCUGAUUUUCCCGCAGAACGGAGAAGCGGAUGAUUUUCAAGAUACCAGGGGCCCAAGAGAGUUAAAGCCAUACUUGAUCAACUGGGAAGGAUGUCAGUAUUCUAAGGCUGGCCGGACUGACCGGGGUGUCAGUGCUUUUGGACAGGUUAUCGGUAUUAGGGUACGAAGCGCGCGACCCAAGCGUGAUCAUGUUGCGCAGGCGGAUCCUAGCUCGGAUACUACUAUGCAAACCGGAGAAGCUACUAUUUUAGCCGAUGCCGCCGAAGACAGCUGGGAUGAUAUCGCUGAUGAAAUACCAUACGUCAGUAUUCUAAACAGAGUGCUUCCAGAGGAUAUCCGGGUCCUGGCAUGGUGCCCACACCCACCCGAAGGCUUCGACGCCCGUUUCUCUUGUCGGGAACGCCAUUACAAGUAUUUCUUUACCCAACCCGCCUUCUCCCCUACGCCAGGGCCUCUUGGAUUCACCUCGCGUGCGAACAAGGCAGGAGACAGCCGCGCAAAAUACAGAGAGGGUUGGUUAGACAUCGAGGCUAUGCGGGAAGCCGCCAAGUACUUUGAGGGAGCACACGACUUCCGCAACUUCUGCAAGCUGGACACCAGCAAACAAAUCGAGAAUUUCGAGAGAAUCAUCUACCAUUCUGACAUUGAGCUCCUUGACCCGCGAAGCAGCCCACUGGGCUAUGUCGGCCAACCGGGGUUCCAAGCUCUAGAAGGCCCUGCUGCACAACAAAACUCGGGGUCGCCGGAGACUCCUUCGCCAACUCCUUCUCAAGUAUAUGUAUUUAACUUGAGAGGAUCCGCUUUUCUAUGGCAUCAGGUGCGGCACAUGGUGGGUAUUUUGUUCCUAGUGGGCCAGGGGCUCGAGCCACCGACUAUUGUGCCGGAAUUGUUAGACAUAACCAAGAACCCGCGUAAGCCGACGUAUGAGAUGGCUUCCGACGCUCCCCUUGUCCUCUGGAACUGUGUCUUCCCAGAUGAGGAUAGCGGCAGCCGUGCAGAUGCGUUAGAUUGGGUCUACGCCGGGGAUAGCAGACAGAUAAAAUCCCAAGUGGGCAGAGGGGAUGGCAAGUACGGUCUCGGAGGGGUAGUAGACAGUCUUUGGUCCGUUUGGAGGCAACGUAAGAUUGAUGAAAUCUUGGCUGGUACAUUACUGGAUCUUGCCGUCAGCCAAGGGGACCAAGGAGUUGUCAAUGGUGAGACCAAAGGCGUCAAGGAUGAGCAACAAAAGCGGAGCCAAAAAGUCUUCUAUGGUGCGAAUGAACCCAGACUCGGAGGACAGUAUAUACCGGUCAUGCAGAAGAGAAAGACGGAUCCCGUGGAGGUUCAAAACGCGAGAUGGCUUGCAGCCAAACAGCGGAAGACUGAAAAGGGUGCAGAGCUUAGUCGCAUGGAGAUGUAG